AUGCAUGGUCUCCAAAUCCAUCUAUAUGCUGAUGAUACUCAGAUAUACUUCUCAUUUGAUCCUAAAAAAGACAUGGCCAUUGAAUCUAUUAAGAGCAAAUUGAAAGAAUGUUUCGAGCACAUCAAAUCAUGGAUGAGUGAGAACUACCUGAAACUCAACGACAAUAAAAAGGCACAGAUCAACAACGUUGUCAGAGUUUGCUAUGUAAAUCAGCGAAAUCUUGGCAGAAUAGGUUCCAAACUGAGUAAGGAGCUCAAAAUCCAAAUGGUACACGCUUCAAUUCAUUCCAUUCUGGACAAUGGAAAUGCUACUUAUGGUGCCCUUUCUGAAAGACUUCUCCAAAAACUUCAAAAAGUGCAGAAUACUGCUGUGAGAUUCAUAUUCGGACUUCACGGGAAGUUGAGACAGGAGCCCAUCACACCCUAUAUGAUUGAAUUACACUUCUUACCUGUAGCAAUGCGAAUCAAAUUCAAGAUAGCGUUACUGGUUUUCAAGUGCCUAAACGAUUGUGCUCCUGAAUAUCUAAGGACAAUGGUCAAAAUUAGGGACACUAGUAAACAUCAUGUCAGAAUGGACCAUGACUUCUUCCUACUGGAACGCCCUCCUUUAUCAAGGCUGAGGGCUACAGCUGGUGCUUUCUCUCACACUGCUCCUAAAAUCUGGAAUACACUUCCCUACUCACUACGCUCCAUCUCUCGACUAGAUGUUUUCAAGAAGGCUCUCAAGACCCAUCUAUUUCAUCAAGCCUAUCCUGUAUGUGCGAACAGUAUUUUUGGUGAUUCAGUAGUCAUGGACGCAGGACUUUAA